AUGGCUUCAAACCCUAACUCCCCUAAUCACACCACCUCUUCUUCUGAGAAUGACCCCGACUCUACCGCAGCCGGCGGCCUCCGUCUAGAGGUCCCGGAGAUUCCCCAGUACCGAACGAAAACCUUUGCAACCCUGCCCCUUCCAGUCCAGAUAGCACCCUCCCACGAAGCGAUAGACCAACCCUCCGUUUUCCAGGAUAGGGAGCCUAUCGUGGAAUUCGCCCCCAAGAGGAGGAGAUUAGUCAAAGGCUCCUCCGCCAGCUCUUCCAACCCCGACGCUCAACCCACCGCCGCCGCUGUGACCAAAGGCAAGAAAGCUGCCACCACCGCUGCCAUUGCAAGCUCCAAGUCUCCAACUGACGGGACGAGCCAACUCCCUGCCGCCGAAGCUUCCGCCGCCGCGGCCACUGAGCCUGUCACUGUCACAGCCCUCGAUUCUGCUGCCGCUGGUACAGCCACCGGUGCCGCCACCGGUGCCGCCUCCAAAUCUGCCAAUAUAGGCGGCACAACAACAACCGCUGACCAGUCGUCGACUGCUGGCAUAAGCGCAGCGGCUGCCGCCACAUGCUCCAAUGCUGCCGCCGGGGAGAAAGAAAGAGAAACAGAAAAAGAAAACCCAAAGUCUCCCCCGCGCCAAGUCACACCUCCUAGCCCGCCUCCCACGAACGAUGAGCGUUCCUUGUCUCCCCCGCCUCGCCAAGAAGAAAGACCCUCUCCCGAUGCCGCCACUACUUUCGAGGCAGCCCGGAUUGAGCAAGCCCCUGGUAACAGAGGUGGUUCUUCUGGCCACUUCAACAUGCUACCCAAUGCUAUUGAGCCCUCAGAGUUCUUGCUCACUGGCCUCAACCGCGACGUCAUAGAAAAAGAAGUGUUGAGCCGAGGCAUUAACGAGACCAAGGAGGAGACCCUUGCCUGUCUUCUACGCGCUGGGUGCAUCUUCGCCCACGCGUUUGACAACUUCAACUCCGCAGCUGCUGAAGCUGAACGGUUGAAGGCUGAGAGUGCUCAGCACCAAGAACCCGCUGCUGCUUGGGAAAAGCGCUUCGACAAACUGGUGGCGCAGGCGGGAAAGGAGAAAGUUCAUGCCGACAAGUUGAUUGGCGCGGCGGGAAACAGGAUCGGCGAGCUGGAAGACCAUCUGAAGCUGAUGAAGGAAGAGGCGGACGGCCUUGAUGCAAGCCUCCAAGCUUGUAAAAAAGAAAAAGAUCAAGUAGAGAAGGACUUGGCCGCCGAAGGCGAGGCGCUGGCUGCCAAGGAGUUAGAGCUUGAAACAUUGGGCGCUGAACUGGAGCUAGCAAAGAAGGCAGAUCUGGAGGCGAUGCGGGCUACUUCUGAAGAGAUCAAGAAGGCGAACGAGGCUCAUGGGGCAACCCUCGUCACGAAAGAUGCUGAGAUUACUUCCCUUCUUGCGAGGAUCAAAGAGCUAGAGGGCGAGCUAUCAGCGGAGAAAGCCAAAGCCACUGAGGCGAGGGAACAAGCCGCCGACAUUGCCUAUGACAGUCGCGAACGGGGCUUUUACCUCGCCAAGGACCAGGCUCAACACUUGUUCCCGAAUCUUGAUUUUAGCGCCAUGGGAGUAAUGAAAGAAAUCACUGCUGAAGGAUUGGUUUAG